AGAGAGAGGGAGGAGCAGGCAGGCGCCCGGAGCCCCCUGGAUUUCAAGCUGGCCAAGGCCUCCCGAGUGAUGAGUGACGUCGCUGAGGUCAUUGCCUGAUGAGCUCAGGCAGAGGCGCCUGGGACGGGGCUUCUCCUCCGUCGAGCUGAUCACACCCACAGUUGAGCUGCGCUGGCCAGAGAUGCCUGCCCACAGCCUGGCGAUGAGCAGCCCGGCCCUCCCGGCCUUCCUGCUUUGCAGCACGCUGCUGGUCAUCAAGAUGUAUGUGGUGGCCAUCAUCACGGGCCAAGUGAGGCUGCGGAAGAAGGCCUUUGCCAACCCCGAGGACGCCCUGAGACAUGGAGGCCUCCAGUAUUGCCGGAGCGACCCCGACGUGGAGCGCUGCCUCAGGGCCCACCGGAACGACAUGGAGACCAUCUACCCCUUCCUUUUCCUGGGCUUCGUCUACACCUUUCUGGGUCCUAACCCUUUUGUUGCCUGGAUGCACUUCCUGGUCUUCCUCCUGGGCCGCGUGGUGCACACCGUGGCUUACCUGGGAAAGCUUCGGGCACCCAUCCGCUCUGUGACCUACACCCUCGCCCAGCUCCCCUGUGCCUCCAUGGCUCUGCAGAUACUCUGGGAAGCGGCCCGCCACCUGUGACCAGCAGCAGACGCCUCCUUGGCCGCCAGACCAUAGGCCAAGAGCCGCCGUGGCUGUACCUGGGGACUUGAUAUUCCUUGCAGAUUGUGGUGGGCUCUGAGUCCUGGUUUCCUGGCAGCCUGCUGCAUGUGGGGGGGUCUCUGGGCCCAGUGGGCCUGUGUGUGAGUGCGUGCAUGCGUGCGUGCGUGCGUGUGUGUGUGUGUAUGUGUGUUUCUUAGCCCCUUGGAUUUCUGCCUGAAGUGGCUGAUGGAAACCAUUCCAGGAGAGAUUGUGAAGACUGAUAGAAAAUCCUUCCGCUAAAAUAACAGAGCAUCAAAAACAUCACUCCCUCACCCUCCCUAAGAGUGAAAAUCGAGAAGGGAGACUCUAUUUAAGAUUCCCAAAUCAAGUGAUCAUCUGAAUCCCAGGCUAAGAAUGCAGACUUUACAGACUCACCUCAGAGAUUCUGGCCCAGCCAAUCUGGAUUUUUUUUUUUUUU